AUGCGUUGUUACAAGAUUAAUGCAGGAUUCCAAUUUAAAGCUGAAGUGGAAGAAAUACUUGAUAUAAAUCAAAGACCGCGAAAAGUAAAUAAAUCUGAGACAGAACAUGAUUUUAGUCUAUUAGAUGAGAGGAUUUCUUAUACUGCUGAGGAUUCUUUAUACUUCGACGAAGAAAGAACUGAGGCAGAACAUGAUUUUGGUUUAUUAAAGGAAAGGAGUGCUUAUAUUUCCGAGGCACAACAGGAAUUCAGUAUAUUAACUGAUUUGUAUCUUACAAAGCCAAAUGAGAUUACGUUAAAAUAA